CGGUCUUAACACGACUGGCCGGAGAUGUAAGAGGAGGAAGGUAGGACUGGCGCAGUGUGCUAACGUGCGCCUCCGUCUCAGUGCGCGCAGAGCCAUUCCGCUCAGCCAUUGGUAACUGGGGAUGCAAAGGGAACCGCGCGUAAUACCACAUCUCCAAAUCUGUGCAGCCGUCGUGGGAACCUCACGAAAGGAGGCAGAGCUCUCCAAAUGGCACAAUGACAAACCAUCACACUCUUGCUCUUAUUUGAAGACAAAAGGGCUUGACACAUGUGCCAUCCGACUGUAACUCUCCAACGAGCUUGAGUGUGAGUAAACUUUGACGCACUGCUUGCAUGUUUCACGUUGCAGUGUAUGUCAAGGGAAUCUUUGUGGCAUACUUUGAAUAGCCCACAUAUUUUUUUCUGAAACGCACAAAGACACUGAUAACUACGAAUCAUGGAUACUAUCCUGGUUUUAAUACUUGCAACGUGCUUCGGCGGGGUUUGGAGUUGCCAGCUACCCCACGACUGGAGACCUCAGACUGAAGCGUGCAGAGCGGAGCUCGCCGAGAUCAUAGUCUUCGCCAAGGUCCUCGCCAUCCACAAGGACUCGUACAGCCUGUACAACUACUUGCCGUGGCAGUAUGAUACCGAUUUGUUUUUCUCGGCCGAAAUCGAGAUGCUCUGUGAUCAGGCGUGGGGAAGCAUGCUGGAGGUACCCGCCGGCUCCAGGUUCAAUGUGACUGGACUCGGCUACUUCCCCUGCUACUCGUACAGUGUCGUGGAGAACAAUUCAUACUACUUUUUUCUGAGGAUGGACGAGAACUACAGCAUUAUCCCCCACGGUGUCAACUUCCAGGACCCCAUCUUCCCCGACACGCCCGAGAACCACCGCAUGUUCGCUAGCCUCUUCCAGUUCGCAAACUGCACCGGUGGCACCCAGGUGCACAUGUAUACACCUGAGUGGGAGGCCCAGGAGGACAGCAGGCUGCUGUGUUCCACGGUGCAGAAGGCCCUGUUUGAGGAAGAGGAGAGGGUGAAGACACUUUCCCAGAAGGUCAAGGUGCUGGAGAAGGCCAACAACCACCUGCGGGACAAGGUGAAGAACAUGAAGCGUCUCCUGCGGCAGGCCAAGCGGGAGACCAAGGAGCAGCCCAUCCUGCUGAAGCAGCAGGCUCCCGAGGAGCCCUCCAACCCCCACCAGGACACCAACACACACCACAAGCCCUCGCUCAAGAUGCUGCCCAAGAGGCUCAAGAGCUAAACAGGCUUGGAAGGUGUCCUAUAAUAAUGGGACCUUUUAUCAUGUGAUGAUGUCAGACAUUUUUGAUUGAAUGAUUUUCAAAGCAGGUAAGAGUAAGCAUCCGGCAGCAUAGACGUUAACUUUGAACACCACUGUUUUCUAUGGAAACUGGUAGUUGUUAAUACCUGUUUCCCUUCAAAACGGAACUUGUUUGAUGCAAUUGCAAAACAAGGCUAAUUGUGGUGAUGAUAGUGAUGUGUUGCGAAUGGCCGCUAGUGCAGGGACACAUGGAAGCGAACUUAUGAGGCGAAAUUCUCCAUUCAUUGGAAGCAAGCGAACAGAACAGAGAGGGUCAAAGAGGAGCAAAGCGAUGAGAAAAAGUUGAAUCCUAUGAUUAUUUUGCUGGCGCCACAAUUCAAUCAAUUUCCUGCAAUUUGCAACCCAUUGACAGUUGAGCUGUCCGAAUGGAUUACUGAAUUUUGCCUCGUUUUGGUCAGUUCGCUUACAUGUGGCCCCGAUGUUAGUCUUGUCAACACCAGCGCCUUGUACUACACUGUGUUUUAUACAAAGGGUCUAGUUGUACAAUCACUGAUAUUACUUUCUUUGGCAGAAUAUUGUGUUUAUGAGCAAAUAUGUUGACUGCUUGUACAUUUUUAGUACAGUUUUUCAUCUGUUACCUGAUUGGUUUCUGCGAGAUGCUGAGUCAUUGUAACCACAGCCAAAGCCUUUGUCUAAAUUGCAGUUAAGUACAAUUGUCUGGUUUUGGCCAGGUUGGCACUCUCUGUACAGUAUAGACAUGGCCUACAGAUAGACAUUAAGCUGACAAUGAGUCAUCAAAUUGUUAUUGCCGUAUGUAGGUUGAGGAUGCAGAUUAGUAAAAUAAAGGGUUAAAUUAAAAAGUGACUGACAAAAAAGGUGCCGUAAAGAUGUAUGAUGCCAUUCAUUAGAAAUCCAUGUCCUCUCCAAUGAUUUUCUGGAGUUCAUUUCUGAAGUUGUUUUUUUUUGUUUAUAUGUUUGUUUGCUUGUUUUUUUUGUUUUGUUUUUGUAGCCUCAUACCAUUUGCCAGUGGAACGCUAGUGGCUGAAAAGGCUUUACUACCAUAAUGCUACAGUACUGCAACAGUAUACAGAGCGUUUGGUAAUACAGAACAUUUGCGACAUGUUCAUUGCCAUUCUGGUUAUAACAUGGGCCAUGCCUGAACAGAUAAAUAAACAUUUUAGCUACAGCACAUUUUUCACAAGCCAAAACCUUCAGAAAAAGCUUAGCAUAAUAUGCAGUAUGCCCUACACAAGUUCAAGCAUUGACAUUUCAUUAUCCACAUAACCUCACCCGGCAGAAAUAAGGUCUUUUGGAAAUGCAGGAAAUGUGAAGUGAGAUAUUUAUGGCUCACAUUACUGUUUUCUGACCACAGUUCAAGUGGAGUCUUGAAAUCGUGCAUCAUUGUGACACACCGGUAACUCAAGUCUGUUCCUCUGUGUGAAACUCAAUCCUGGGAACCCUGGUCCAGAUUGAGGCUUGAUUUGCCUGACCUAACCCCGUCCCGCCACACCCUAAACUUUCUCUCCUGCCUAGCUAUGACGUGCUAUGGGGGGCCCCAGUCCGAGAGUAUCUUACAUACCAUGUUAACCAUAAUGAGUCUUAUUAGUAGCUGACCUUCUGGGCAGGGAUGCUGACAGCUUUGGCCAGGCAAGAACAAAGUCAUCUGAAUUAGAGAUGCACCAGAUCCUGAUUUUUAGGAUCCUGCCGGAUACCAGAUCCACUGCUUAAGAUCCUGCCGGAUCCGGAACCGGAUACUACGAAAGGGUUGAAACACAUAGCCAACUCGCACACGUGGGCCCUUUUUAUUACGUGAGCGCAAACUAUUUUUAAGACUCAUUGGCUUAUAGUCGGAUAGUCGGCGGAUAGUCUGAAAAACCCUAUUAUCCUGCCGGAUCCGGAACCGGAUCUUGGAUCCUGUACAUCUCUAAUCUGAAUCGCCCCUACACCCAAUACAUAUAGUGUAAUGAGGACCCAAUUCUGGGGGGGGGGGGGGGGGGUUGGGGGAGGCUUUCCCUGGGCCCGAGGCAACUGACCACUUUGCUGACCCCCUGUCCGCUUCCUUGCCUCUGGAUGUACCUACUGAGUGUAGUGUGUUGCCCUCUGUUGAAAGGCUUAUUCAUCCUCACAUAGCGGCUGCACCCUAAUCCAUUGUGAGUCUGGUCUUUUGGCCUGCCCUGAUAUACCGUAAGUUACCACCCAGGGCACUGCAAAUGCUAGUCCCAUAUACCUCGGGUUGCAAGAAGGGAACAGUAGGCGGCUUUUGUGGUCCCGUUGUUGCAUAACAAAAUGCUUAUGCUAAGAUGGUAGUGCUUGUUGACAGAGGGGUUUUUUUCAGAGCUUGUAGUCAGGGUUGCCAGAUGAGGCUGGUGAUUUCCAGCCCAAAAAAUGCUCAACACCCUCCUAGAAGCACAAAAUCCCGCCCAAUUCUAUUGAUUUCUAUGGCAAAAAAUGGGCGGGUUUUUCUGCUAAAUGCCAUUUUUACCCACACAUGAACAUCCUAAGCAGCCCAAUUGGGUGGGAAACAGCCCAAUCUGGCAACACUGCUGUAGUGGCGAGGGAUCUUUUUUAAUGUUGUCGGGCAUUUGCUGAGGGAACGUGAAGCUAUUGUUCCACUGGCCACGACUAAUCAAGUCUAAUAUGAGUUCAGGGUCGUAGAGGGCAUCCUAGGCUUUUGGCUUUUUUUUUGUUAGUUGCGUGCAGCGGCAAAUCCCUGUUUGGCCUGCGUUUUUAUUUCGGUUUUAUAUCGGUUAUUUCAUUUACAACAUAUUACCCUGGAAUUCUAUUUACUGAGUUGCUGUUUUUUUUUUUUUUUUAAAUGUGCUCCCGACAUCAAUUUGACUCCAAAAUUGUGUGGGCUGGCUUUUUUUUAUAUCAUACUUUUACUGAGUGAAAAUUUCUUUUUAUUUGAGAAUAGGGUGCUGAGCACCUAAUAAAACCAACCACUACUCAAUGAGGCGUGCUGUGCUUUUUCAGCAUUUUCCGAUAUUGAGACUCAUUGUGCCACUUAAUACAAUGUAUUGCAUUUUGCCUUUUUAAAUGUAAGACAUUAAAAUAUUUUUCUCAUAUCCUCCUAUGUAUUCUUGUAUGGUAAA